GUGUUAAAGGAAUAGGAAAACUGAGAAACUUGUGCAUGAAUGGGGAGAAGAGAGUGCAGAGUGCAGAGAGUGAUGGUGAAAUGUCGUAAAGAGAGACAAAAAUUAAAGAAAGAAGGUAUAAAUGAAUUGAUGAUGAGAGUGGUGUUUGAAUAGGAGAGCGAGGUGGGGACUGGAUCAAAUCCUAGAUACCCGAAAAGGAUCACGAAAUAUCUGUGACUCGAUUUUAUCUCUCUCUCUCUGGUUUUCUAAAAUUCUUCGCCCACCAACCACCUUCGAAUUCAUGUCCAUUUACUCACUCUCUCUCGUGGACAUAUAUAUAUAUAUAUACAUGGUUACCUUCAUACAACUCUUGUGACUUUUAACUUAUGUUUCUCUCUUCAUUUAUACACGUCUUGUCACCCCUUUUGUUUUUCUUUUCGUCCUCUUCUUCUCCCCAAUUAAUUUUAUUGCAGCCUCCUUUAUUGCAUCUGCAUGCGUUUAUUACCACUCCCUAAUACUAAUACCCUUCUUCCUUCCCCAUUUUCAUUUAUUAAUAUCACCAACGCAACGCAUGGCCGCUCCUUCUUCUUCUUCUUCAACUUGGGUCAUGGAAACUUCUGAUGUUCCUCAUGUUUUGGCCGUUGAUGACAACCUUAUUGAUCGCAAACUCGUUGAGAAACUCCUCAGGAAUUCUUCUUGCAAAGUCACAACUGCAGAAAAUGGGCCAAGGGCAUUGGAGUUAUUGGGCUUGACAAGUGGGGGACAGAACACCAUGAAUGGUAGAUCCAAAGUAAAUUUGGUAAUCACAGACUAUUGCAUGCCAGGGAUGACGGGCUACGAGCUACUUAAGAAAAUUAAGGAAUCAUCUGUAAUGAAGGAGGUUCCAGUAGUGAUCAUGUCAUCUGAGAACAUACCAACACGGAUUAACAAGUGUCUGGAAGAAGGAGCUCAGAUGUUCAUCCUAAAGCCCCUCAAACAAUCUGAUGUAAAAAAACUGACAUGUCAGUUAAUGAAUUGUGAGGUUUGAGUUUUGAGUCUAAUCAAAAAGGCUACACUGAGAUCUGUGGUCUGGUAAUAUGAGCACUGAGCAGCACUCCAGAACCCUGCAUCUGUCAUGGCCCUCUAUAGCUAUAGCCCUUAAACCAGAACAUUGUUUCCACCCUCUAAUUGUAGUACUAGUUUAGGUGUAGGAAUGCAUUGCAUUGUUUUGAAGGUUCUUUACUUUCUUCCAUGCACUCUUCCUUGUUCAUGUUCCUAUUUAUUUUCGUAGAAUAUAAUUCAUGUUCUUUUCUUAUGAUGUUUAGUUUAGUUGGUAGUAUGCGUGAGAUGUUGUAACUUCUUAGUACUGACUUCAAUUCUUACCAAUCAAAAUAAAAAUCCCCUUGGUGCCACAAUAAUAUAAAAUUGGAAAACCCCCAAU